CGUCGUUCGUAUCGCGCCAAGUAUCACGCGUUUGUUUUACGCCAAAAAUUUUCACCGCAGCCUUGUAAGAUUUGCAGUUAAAUGAAAAUCACCAUCAAAGACGACAGUUUUGUGAAUAGAGUGUUGUAUUUCAUUAUAUUAGUGACUACAACGUGUCUUGAAUUGAAGUUAGAUUGGAGAGCUAAUUACAAGGCUCCAAUCGACACAAGCAAGACACCGAUCGUGUGGGUGCUCGGGGGCCCCGGGUCCGGCAAGGGCACCCAGUGCGAGAAGAUCAUCGCCAAGUAUGGGUUCACCCAUCUCUCUACGGGCGACCUGCUUCGAGCUGAGGUGAAGAGCGGCUCCGAGAGGGCCAAGUGCCUCACUACUAUCAUGGAGAGAGGAGAACUAGUACCAAAUGACAUAGUGCUAGACCUCCUCCGCGAGGCUAUCGUGGCUGCCUCUGGGCAAGCUAAGGGCUUCCUGAUCGACGGCUACCCGAGGGAAAAGUCCCAGGGCAUCGCCUUCGAGAAAGCUAUUGCUCCUGUUACUGUGAUAAUCUACUUCGAAGCAUCAUCCGAGACGCUGACGCAGCGGCUGCUCGGGCGCGCGGCGAGCUCGGGGCGCGCGGACGACAACGCGGAGACCAUCAAGCUGCGGCUCAAGACCUUCCUCGAUAAUAAUGAUAUGGUGCUCGCUCAGUACCCCGAUAAGUUGAAGAGGAUAAACGCUGAAGACACCGUGGACAACAUCUUCAGCCAAGUGCAGCAGAUCCUGGACCCGCUCGUCGCCAACUAACUCAACUGCUCUAGUCUUGUACAUAUUAUCAUUUAAUUUAAAUUAACGGCCUCUGCUAAUAAAGUAUAUUAAUUA